AUUUCAUUCAUUUUAUAUUAUGCUAUCAAACUGUUUUUAUAAAAAGAAAAGGUUUUUUAGCUCCUUGACUUUAUUUACCUGUUUAACUACCGUUGUCUUUGCUGUUGAUAAAAGUGAUCCUUGUUCAAUUAUUGCUGGAAAUAAAACUGCAAGUUUCCAAGAUGCAAAAGCUUGUUUAGAUUAUUUUGAAUAUGAUAUUGAAAUUGCUAAGCAAACAAUAGAUACAGUUAAAAAAGUCGUAAAUCAGCUCUAUGUCUUUAGUGAUAUUGCUGCUUCUCCGCCAUUAGUGGAAGGAUUAUCAAUUCCAGCUGUAAAUAUAACUUAUGGUUUAGACUUAAUUUUAAAACAAAAUUGGAGCUCAGAUAGAGAAUUUCAAGAAGCUGUGGCUUUAUUGCUAGAUAAAGUUCAAGAUGCUCAUUUGUCUUAUUCACCGUAUUGUUAUCGUCAAUUUGUUUUUUGGCAACCUAUUCAAUUAAAUGCUCUUUUAAGAAAUCAACGUUUAGUGGUUAAUGUGGCUUAUAUAAAAGAUGAUAUUUGGCCUGAUGCACAACCUUCUUGGGUAGGCUGUGAAGUCACUCAAAUUGAUGGUGUUGAGGCAAUGGAUAUGAUUGUAAAUUAUGCUGUCAAUAAUAACGGAGAAAGUAAAGAUGCUAAUACCUGUUUCAAUAAUAUUAUGAAUACCCAAAGUUAUUUUCAUGGUUGGGAUGAUGGUGCUGAUGAUCUUGGUUAUCAUCGUUUCUUACCUGCUCAAGAAUUUCACAAUUAUACCAUGCGUUGUCCUACAAACGGCACUUUACCUAUUCAAGAAGAAUAUGAUGAACCUUUCACUGUAGAGGUGCCUUGGGUGGCGCAAGUGCCUCCUAACUUUCAAAAUGCAAGUACCUAUUGGUCAACUUUCUGUCAAUCCUCUCACCAAAAUAUAACAAAACGGUCCACUAUUCAUUAUGAUAUUCAUGAACUUAAAGCAAUUCAUGAAGGGGAAGUGUUUGCGUUAGAUGCUAGGGGGAAGCCUUCUGCUACAAACGAGAAUAGUAUUGGUAACAGUCGUGGUCCUUAUAUUGAAUUCAUUCAACUUACAGAUGAUUAUACAAAUGUGGGUGUGAUUGAUAUUCAAAGUUUCUCUAUUACAUCAAAUGAUAGACAAGACUUUGUAAAUCAAUUUAUUGCUGGCCUUGAAGAUUUUGAAUCGAAGGGAGUAGAGAAAAUCAUUUUAGAUCUUUCUUCAAAUGGUGGUGGUGAUGCUUGUGCAGGUGAAUUCCUCAUCAAUACCUUCUUUGGUUCUACUCCUGAUUACCCAUCUGAUAUCAAACAUUCUCCUUUCCUUGAACGUGUUAUCAAAAGGGCUCAUGAACAAGAGAACACAAAAUGGAUUGAUUAUCAUUCAGAUGGAUUCAGUGGAAGCAGUUGGUUUACAACUACAAGAUCUUAUACUCGUGGUAAAACUGAAAAUGUCCAAUUCUCUCAACCUGUUACAUUAAGUUGUGCAGCUUGGUAUAAUACAAUCACUAUAAAGGAAUUCAAGAAUACAAAAUGGAAGCCCUCUGAUGUUUUGAUCUUAUCUGAUGGUCGUUGUGGUUCUACAUGUGCUAUCGUAGCAUCACGUCUUCGUCUUUCACAUGAUGUUCCUGCUAUGGGUCUCGGUGGUAUUCGUGGUAAUCGUAUGCAAUUUGCUUCUUUCCCAGGUGGUGAAAGUGAUCGUUUAUCAAGCUUUUUAAUGGAUUUGGAAAUGUUGGGCAUCUCUGAUGAUCCUUCUGCUCCUCAUCCUUUCCCUGAACGUGCUGAUAUGGGCUGGACCUUUAGAGAAGUUUACAAACCUACAGAUUCUUUUACAGGAUCUCAUACUGACUUACUAGAAUAUAGUGCCAUUACUGCAGAUUGUCGAAUUUAUUUUGAUGAUCAUAAUGCAAAUGAUAUUAAGAAAUUAUGGGCUGAUGUCGCCAAGGUCAUCCUGGCUGGUCAAUGCCCAAUUGUAGAAGAGAAUUUUAAUUAAUAUACAACACAAUAAUAAUAAUAAAAUAUGUACAACUGCCUUU